GUCACUUUUGCAAACUACGUUGUAGUCCACGGCUUCGAACAUGCCACAAAGAGCAAAAGUGAAGCCUGGAAACAUCACAAGACGGUGCUGAAACAAUUCGUCACAGACUUCACCUCUGAGACCUCCAUGCCACUGGCCCUGUACACUGUUCUUCACAAACCUAUCCGAGAUCAUAUCAGUCAAUAUAUCCUGCUCCUUACCAAGCUGAAUGAGGCUCUCAAAGAGGGCUCUGAAAAGGACGUGGUUACGAGUGCCAUCAAGGAAUAUGUGAAGCUGGAAUCUUUCAUCAGCCAAGUCCUGGAUGAAGCUUGUAUCACCAAGUCUUUAUGGAAAUCCUUGGGCUACAAAUUCACAGACAUGCUCUGUGUACCUGAAAGGAGGCUUCUGGAAGAUAGCAAAAACCUUCCCAUCUCUGCCAGCACGAAUCGAUCAGACCGGAUCUUGCUCUUUGAUGAUGUCCUUGUGCUAAUUCAGGGAAACAGCUUUCAGAGUUUUGAUCUGAAGCUUGUGUGGGUAGAUGAAAACUACAGGGAGAAAUCAGCUCCAGGACUGUAUGGGCUCCGCAUCAUAACCCCAGAAGAAACGUUCUUUCUCUCUGCCAAAGACCCACAGAUGAAGGCUGUUUGGCAGUGGAAGCUGAACCAGGCUGUCCGCCAGGCCCUGAACGGCAAGAGAGAUUUCCCUUUGUGGGGCAAGGCUGGUGAAGGCACCGAGCCCCCGUCCUGCCGCUUCUUCACCUACGUUUUCAGGCUGGAGGGCAAGUUCAAGAGCGCAUCCUACGAGGGCGAGUGGCACUGGGGAAAGCCUCAUGGCAAGGGGACACUGAAGUGGCGUGAUGGACGCAACCAUGUUGGAGAUUUCAAAGAGGGCUUGGAGCAUGGGUUUGGAAUAUGCCUUGUCCCACGCCAAUCUGAAGACCGGUACGACUGCUAUAAGUGCCACUGGUAUGAGGGCAAGAUGAGAGGCUAUGGAAUCUGUGAGUACGGGAAUGAUAUGGUCUACAAAGGUUACUUCAAAGACAAUGUGCGUCAAGGGUUUGGGAUACUGGAGAACCUCUCAGCUGAGCAUCCAUUUAAAUACACAGGACAGUGGGAAAAUGACAAGAAGAAUGGAUAUGGAGUCUGGGAAGACAAAGACAGAGGGGAGAGAUACAUAGGGACAUGGCUCGAUGAUCACAGACAUGGACAAGGCAUUGUAGUAACUCAGUCGGGUGUCUGCUAUCAAAGGACAUUUCAUGCUGAUAAAAUGGUGGGUUCUGGGAUUUUGCUUUUGGAAGAUGACUCUGUCUAUGAAGGGAACUUCACAGAAGAUCUAACAUUUGUUGGAAAGGGAAAGCUGUCCUUUGCCAAUGGCUUCAUUUUGGAGGGAACCUUUACUAACAAAUCAGGCCAAGGCCUUCAGACGCACGGCAUCCUGAACACGUCGAACGAGCAGCUGGAUGAGAGGACAAAAAAAAAGAUUCAGCUGGGCCUCGAGGAGUUCCCAGUGGAGAAGAGAUGGAAGGGAAUCUAUGACCAGUUCCUGGAGUUCAUCCAUUCUGGCUGCAAAGAAGAGACAGAGGAGUCUUUCACGGGAUUCCACAUACAAACGAGCAAGGAGCUGCGGAAAUCUCAGGAGUAUCUCUUCUGCCAAAGGGGGACUGAGGAUGUAUCCUGGAAAAUAGAAGAUAUUCUUGAGGAGCUUGUCCAGCACCAAGGGCUGGAGUCACUACAGAGUUAUUUAGAAAAGGCAUUGAAGUCUUCCCUGCACCCACUGGGAAAGCUGCUGAAGGCCUUGACAAUAGCUUUUCAGGCAACGUAUUCUGGGAUUGGGGCCAACAGACACUUGCUGACGAUGGCACAAGAGGAAGUCAAGUACUAUGCAAAGAAAAUAUGGGAGUUUUACCAGGGUUUGCUCCAUCUGGCGCUGGAACAGAAAGGCCAACUGCCCGCAAAGUGUGUAGAUGGAGAGAUAAGUGACCAGAAGGCAUGCAGUGUGGUCCUGCCGCUGAUCUUGCCCUGCUUCUACCCUGAGCUCUUCAUGCUCUACAUGCUCUAUCACGAAAGAGAAGAUGACCUCUACUGCCAAGGGAUCGUGGACCUAAGUCUAUUUCCUGACAUCAAGCUGCUAGAGUUCCUGGAUGUGCAGAAGCACCUCUGGCCUCUGAAAGAUCUCACCCUGACAACCAACCAG